AUGUGCGGCUCCUCUGGGAUGAAACUCGAACACCUAAAUGGGACAAUGAUGGCCCACUAUCUGACUAUCAAUCGAGUAAAACCACUAUUUGAUUCAUUAAAGCAGACCGGUAGUUCUAUAGAUGAUGAUGAACUCAUCACCUACACUCUUAACGGACUUGGACUGGAGUUCAAAUAUUUAGCAACAACACUCCAUAUGCACCCCGAUCUCGAAUUUGACCAAUUUUAUGAUUUAGUUUUGAAAGAGAAGCACUUACAGAAGAGACUCAAUCUUACCACUACUUCUAGAGUUUCCAUGGUAGCUAAUCAAAAUCAGAAUACUUUCCCUUAUCAUGGUGGCAAGUGGGGACAUGGCAGAGGCACUCGUGGUCAUGGACAACGAUUCCCUCCUUCCAGUUACCAUCCAUCAACGUGGAAUUGGAGUUGCCCUCCUUACAAUCAGCCACCACCAUCUCUCUCCGACGUAUACCUCCCCUUUUUCUCACACCGGUGGCUGCUUCUUCAUGCAAGAAUCCAAUUUAUUUUAGGUGUGACAAAAAUGGGCCACAUUGCUCGUUAUUGUCGAAACCAUGGGCCUCAGACAUUUGUGGCCCCACAUGCUUCCUUUCCCACAACAGUCCAAAACUCCACUUGGUGUUUUAAUUCCAGGGCAACCCAUCAUAUAACUCCCAACCUAUAUGGUAUUUUAGUUUCUCGCUCUUAUACAGGUACAGACACUAUAGUUGCUGGUAAUGGAAAUGAACUAAAAAUUACUCAUAUUGGGAAUGUAAAAUUAACCAAAUCCCAAAAAUUAUUAAAUCUUAAUGAGGUUUUAUGUAUUCCUGUCAUUCAAAAGAGAAAUUAA